CUCGUCGCCGCGGCAGCCCCAGCCCCGCUCCCACCCCCUCGCCUGCCUCCACCCUCCUUCCCUUUCUCUCGCUCGCUCGGCGAGAGCACUGUGCCUCCUUUCCCAGAUGGCAGCCGGCAGCGCCAUGCAGCCUCCCGUUCCUCCUCCUCCUCUCCCUCCUCUCCGGCUCUAAGUUAAUGCCAUGCUGCCGCUGCUCUUCCCGGCACUGCUGGCCGCCUGCCUGCCGCCCUGCCAGGGCUGGAGCCCCUCGGCGGCUGCCAGCGGGCAGGAGGAGCAGGAGCAGGAGCUCUUCUUGCCCCCUGCCAACUCCUCCUCCCGCUCCUUGGCCAGCCUCGAGAUGGACCUCGACGGGGCAGCAAGCAAGGAGGAAGGCAGCACCGACAGCCCGGGCACACCGGCUACCCCUAGCCAAGGGCCUUUCCCUUCCGCUCCCACCACCUCCGGGCAGGACCAGCAGGGGCAGCAGCAGCAGGAGCAGCAGCAGCGUCCCCAGCCGCAGGGGCAGCCGCAGCCCGCCGAGGACCCGCACUGCAACAUCAGCGUGCAGCGGCAGAUGCUGAGCUCGCUGCUGGUCCGCUGGAGCCGCCCGCUGGGCAUCCAGUGCGACCUCUUGCUCUUCUCCACCAACAGCCACGGGCGGGCCUUCUUCUCCGCCGCCUUCCACCGCGUGGGGCCGCCGCUGCUUAUCGAGCACCUGGGGCUGGCGGCCGGCGGCGCCCAGCAGGACUUGCGCCUCUGCGUGGGCUGCAGCUGGGUGCGGGGCAGGCGGGUCGGGCGCCUGCGGAGCGCCGCGCCCCAGCCCCCCGCCGCCCCUCAGCCCCCCGCCGCUGCUGCUGCCGCGGCCGCCGCCGCCUCCUCCUCGCUUUCCUACACGCCGGCGGCCGAGCCCGGCCAGUACUGGCUGCAAGGGGAGCCGCUGAAUUUCUGCUGCCUGGAUUUCAGCUUGGAGGAGCUGAAGGGCGAGCCGGGCUGGCGGAUGAACCGCAAGCCCAUCGAGUCCACCUUGGUGGCUUGUUUCAUGACUCUGGUCAUCAUCGUAUGGAGCGUGGCCGCCCUCAUCUGGCCUGUGCCCAUCAUCGCCGGAUUCCUGCCCAACGGCAUGGAGCAGCGCCGCGGCACCGCCGCCGGCACCGCCACCGCCGCCGCCGCCAAGUAGCCUCUCCCGGUGACCCCCUUCUCUUCGUCUUGUGCUGUGGAGGGACGCGGGACGGACUCUGUCGUGUUUGUCUUGUUUGCAGCGUGCCACAGGUGCGCGGCGGAACGUGGGGCCGCCUCAGCGCCCGGCCCGGCCCCGAGGGCACCAAAUCAUAUGUGCGCGUUUUGUAUCUUUAAUACCCGUUUUAAACGAACCUUUUAGUUAAAAAAACAAAACAAAAAAACAAACAAAAAACCGCCCCAAAAAACAGGCAAGAAAAAGCCCCCCUAAAAAAUCAGUGGAGGAAAUCAAAGACCCUCCUAUUCGGCUGCAUUUGUUGUCGGAGUAGCGUUUUUGUAUAGGAUGUAGUCUGAACGGGUUUUUCCUUUAUGGACAGAAAGGGAUGUCUCUGACAGAAUGGAGAACCGGUAUAUAUAUUGUUAUUGCUGAAGCUGAACUUUAAUGAACCUUUCACACUGUAUUUCCUGGUUGAGAUAGUGUGUAUUUAUUAUUGUAGCUCCACAUUAUUUGGCUUUUAAUACAGAGGUUUUCUUUCUGGAGCCACUGUAGCCUUUUGUUGGUCUGUUUCCUCCAGGGUGGAACAGAGGGUUUGGCUGGCCUUCCUGUCUGCAAACCUGCCACGAAGCUCCUUUCCCCGUGAAAUGGUGUUACCAGGGCUGUUGGUGGCAAAAAAAGAAUCCCAAACCCUUUCUGACUGCCCUAUCUGUACAACAGAUGUGGGUCUGUAUGCCUGCACCAGGGUUGGGUGGAGAGGGGUGGGGAGCAUGGCUGUGGCAGAGAUCCACAAUUUCAUCUGCACAAUUCCACAGACUACGGCUUUCUCCUCGGUUUGAAGUUGGGUGGCUUCAGUCCUAGGAAGAUGAGGCCCACUCUGAGUUAUGCUAAACAGCAUGGGACAAGUCUCUGACUUCCCCAAAGUUCAUUCCUCAAAACCAGCUUAGAUGCAGUGUAUUUGUUGGAGACACAGUAAUACUGUACCUCUUUUUCAUCUACCAGUCUGCAGGGUUGCUCACAGCAAGUCUGUGGGGUGAGAAGGCAGGAGCUGCCAGUCCAGAACUAGAUUCCAGCUGCUGCUGUGCAAGCAUGUAAAGAAGAAAGAUUUCUUCUCUCUUGUUUGAGCAGACAGUUGUGUAGCCUGAAAUAUCAUUUGUUGUAUACUUCCAACUGUUUAGCCUUAUAAAAAGUUGUUUCAUUUGCCUUAGACAUGAUUAGUCCAGCUGAAGUUUCUAAAACCAAAAUACGAGCUAAGUGACAAAUAUUUGCAAUAGGAAUUCUCAUUCUUUUGUCAACAUCAAUGUAUUUAAUUUGCUAGGAAUGCAUGAAUUUGCUUGGGGGUAAUUUGGUGUAUUCGUAAUGUAUGGUGGAAAUGACUGGAUGAAAAGUCUGGAAGGAUUAAAUUCUUAGGAUUCCCAUAUUUUUUAAUUGAGAACAAAAUAAAAUAAAUGCAUGCUCUAUGUGUAUGCUGUCUGGGAAAAAAGGACAGAGAGUAAAACAUUGACAAACAGCAGAAAUAAAUCAAGAUUUAAAAAUACUCCAUGUUACUGGGCUGCCUCUACACCCACUGUUUCUCCUGUUAAUCCUGUUGUUGGGGUUGCCACUUGAGUAAACAUUGCCAUUGUGUUGUUUUCAGAAAGUAGAGGAUCCGGUCACAGUGAGAAGCGUUCUCUUGACCUGUUGAUCCAAAGGGCACCUGCCCCUGUAUGCCUGGUUUAGAGAGCCCCUAUUUUCUUUCCUUGACAUGUAAAACAGUGUCAUUUCCACCUUGUGCAAACUCUUGUGCACAGACAUUUGACUUGCUAGAGGGCAAUUCUUUGCCUAUCAUGUCCUGUGUGACAGAGAUGCCUCUUCAUGCUGAAAGGCAGGGCUAGCAGGAAAAUAUGAAGGUACUGCUAAGACCCUCUCAAAAGAGAAAUGUUCUACGUAUGGAAUAGACCUCAGAAAAGUUGCCAUGGUACAGAAUAAUUUCAUCUUUUGAAUGAGAUGCAUUUAGGCAGAGAGUUAACAAUUUCGACUGGAAGUUUUUCUGGCUUUAUUAAUUCAUGAUGUAUAGUCCUCACUGAUCCAGGCAGCCUGUGCUUAAACUCAAGGGUGGAAUCUCUUUUUUGCUUAUCCUUGUUUCACCAGUGAUGUGAUAUUGGGGUAUUUUUUCUGAAUUGCAUCAACGUAAACAAGGGAAUGGUGUUACUGUCUGAAACAGCGUCAGUUACUAAAGGCUUAUUAUUUGCAGUUCUUGCAGACACUUAGCAAGUGGUACACCAAAACUGGUUUUUCUAACUUCUAUCAAUAUCAGCUUGAAUACAAACUUUGUGAAUAGACAGUGCCACACUCAGAAUAUUUUGCUGCUUCACUUAAAAAACAUGAUACAAGAGAGGGAUUUUCUCAUAGUUAUUCUAUAAAUACACUUGUAACUGGAGCUAUUAAAAAUCUGCUAAGACCCGAAUGUUUAGAACAGAGGGAUGGCACUAAACAAGCAAACAAACUCCGAAAGCAAAUCUUGUCCAGAAUACAAAAAACUGUAUUGUUUUCAGGGAGUACUGAUCUCAGACACAAUGUGCAAAGAGCCCUUGUGGGUUAGGGAAGGUGUUUCCUUAGAUCGCAGUAAUCGUGGGCAUAAAGAUGUUCCCUUCGCAGAGAGAGACCAGUCCGUGUUUCUGUGCCUUGAAGAGGAAUUUAAGGCACAGCAGGGGCACAGGGAUUACCUGCUGUACAGGCUUUAGCCUGGAUCUAACUCCCUGAACCCUCGGGUUUCAGUGAGGUGGCAGCAGGACUUCUCCUGUAAAGAACAGAGAGUGGAAAUGCACUAUGCAAACUGAGAGCUUUCUUCAGUCACUGUUACAUCUAACAUCAAUAGCUCUGCUCCUGUAGCUGUGGCUGCUACUACGACUCUAAGUAAACUAUGAUUUUGAGUAACUUUUGCCUUCAUGCAUGGGAAUUGCAUCUGAAUGCAACCGAGAAGAGGCAAGCCCAGGACAAUGUGAAAUGAUACAUCUGCACACCAGCUAGUUUAAGAUUCCAAGUUUAGACACUGAAAUGUCUAUUUCUUUUCUUCUUCGCUGGCAGUGGAGCUUUAUUGUCUCUUAGCUGGAGUUUAUUCUAAGCCAUUUUUAUUCAUUUGGAUUUAUUUUUAAGACCAGCUGGUAGCAGGGUCAGCACGAGAGCAGAUUAGUCACCAUAUAUAAUCCUUUAUGUACUCAGGGAGGGCAUAUAUUUGUAUAUAUCUAUCUACAUAUGAGGACUCACUGUGUAGAAGAGAAAGUUAAAUCAGAAGUGAGAAAAGGGAUGAUGAGAAACAAAUAAUACUGAGGAAGCAGUACUGGUUUUCCUUCACUAUUUGUUGGAUCAUGUUUCCUGGUAAGUUAUCCUGGUUUUAUAUACGUACAAAUGUUUGUUGGAAAGCAAGGGAUACGUAGAAACAGAGGGAGUUUCUUGAACUACUUUUUAAAUGUAAUUCAACUCUAUUACAGAUUUUUGUUUUCAUUCCAGGAGCCAGCAACACUCUCAAGAUUCAGCAUUAGAAGGUAGUAGGCUUGUCUGCUAGUGUUAGACUGGUACAAUUUUUUUCUGUAUAUUCAGCCCUCAGAAUUUAAUCUCUCACCUAUUUUCUUAGUUAUGUUUCAUAGAUGUGUUAGAAGCAGAAGUAUACAGAGGAAUAUGUAGUUUUAGCAUGGACACAGUUUUGCUGUUCUUAGUGCCACAUUGAUUCCAAUAAUAAAAAUACAAAAAUGUAGUACAGUAUAAUAAUAGCUAUAUGUUAUGUAAGCAUACUGCUGCUCAAUAGGUUGUCAGUAAUCAAGCAUUUCUGUAGGUCAGGGGGUAUUUGGAUAUUUGGAGCAAAACUGCCGUACUAGGUUAAAUGUAAGAGUUGUUACUUAUCCAGGGCUUAGUUCACCAGUGCUUUCGAUGAUUAAUGCAACUGCAACAGCAGGACUAUUUGUGCAGUGAAUAUUACUCAAUAUGAGUAAGGGCUACUGAACCAGACCCUAAAAAGACCUAAUUAAAAGCUGUAGUUGGCUGAAUACGUAUUAUUCAUAAUGACAUCUGCUUGCUGAAUAGAAGUAUCUCCAGGGCUGAUGUUACGUGAUCCCAGGGGCCGAACAAGAGCCUAGUGAAAUCGGGUAGUUAAUUGAGGUUUUGUAGGACUGGAGAUCAAAGGAUUUAUUUUGAAGAGAUAUAUAUAUCUAGAUGUAGGGGUAGGUAUGAUGUUCUUGUUCCUCUUUGGUUUUUUUAUACAUGUAGUUUAUAAAUCCAAAGCCAGGAUUUCUCAGUCCAGUGUAGGGCCUUGCCAGCUUGGAAGUUAGCUUCCUUCUGAAGCCAGUAUGAAAUUUUCACAUAUUUUUCAAGGAAUUUUACUGAAUAAAUGUAAUUUUUUUCCAAUAUAUUUCAGGGAGAGGCCUUGACUUUGCAAAAAAACAUUUGUAAUGAUUCUGGGAAAAGUGUAAAUAUCAAAUCCCAAAUGUAUUCAGAUUUCAAAGAGUAAAAAAUCUUUUUAACCAGUAACUGAUUUUUAAAAGCAUAUUUUUAAACAAAAAAAUCAGUUUCCAUUUUUCCCCUCAGAAGCCGAAGAUUUCAGUGAAGACCAGAAGUGCAUUUGAGUGUUUCAUGUUGUGAUUUUGUAUGUGAUUUUUUGUGGAAAAAAAAUUCUCUUCUGCGAUUUGGAAUUAAUAACAGCUUGUGACAGAUAAGUUACUGUAUUUCUUGCCCCAUCUUCAUAAUAGUUCUGGUUAAAUAAGUUGUCCAAAACAAUUGUAAAUCAUCAUCAUAAUAAUAAUAAUAAUUAAAAAAUUAGCUUAA